AACCCUCCAUCAGUCAAGCAAAGGCAUAUUCUGCAAGUGACAGUACUACUCAUCAGCGACAAGAAAUGCAACCACCACAGCAACAAUCAACUUCGUCGUUUAACAUCAGGUCUAUAUUAAACCCGGCUCCAUCACCGCCGUCUCAUAGGUCCCAAACUGUAUCAGGAACAUCACUGCAACAAGAUUCACAUGCACACCCGACCUUACCGCCGGCUUCGUCAAUGACUCAACAAACGUACUACCAGUCAAGUUCUCACUCACAAGUCCAGUCUCCAACUUUUCAAUUGUCUUAUAAUAAUAAUAACCUUCGACUUCCACCACCAUGUACAACUCCAACUUUUCCGUCAUUUCCAAGCUCUUCAAAUUCACCAGUAAAUAUUUAUGGCUAUACGCCUCAAAAAUCAACUUUCUCACCAGUUGGUUUCAACGCUUCUAGCAAUGGUACUCCUUUGUCACCAGUUAAAACUAGUCCUUCAACUCCACUGACUAAUGCGCCAACUGUAUUACAGUCGUCUCAUGUAUUAAUGAAAAACAGUGAAAUAUCAAUACCAGCUGCCUCGAUCACUGCCUACAAUAACCGAAGUCCCUCGUUAAGUCCAACCAUUCAGGAGCAAGAUGUUACUGCUUCGAUAAAUAAAGGUAACCAUCAUCACCACAACGGAAAUAGUUCCGAAGUUAAUCAAGUCACUGUUGCCACUACACCUAUAUUGUGUGAUACACCUAUAUUGAGUGAUUCUUGCGGUCAUUUGACAAAAGACCAACCUCCUACUCCUAUCCUUACUCCCGUGGAGUUUGUUGAUCAGUCUGUGCAAAAAUCGGGAUAUGUGCAUCAAAACCUUAAUCAAUCUCUUAACACAGUGACAGCAGAAAAUUCCUCUGGCUUAGAACAAUUGGCUAGCACGGCACUCUUCGAACUUCAAAAUUUACAGAGAAGAGAUGUCAUACACAACGAAGAAACCAGAACUGGUAGAGAAUCUGAUGUUUUUUCUGAUGAAGGUCACAUUUCGCAUCCUACAUCUCCAUUUGAAGAGCGUACACCCGUUAAAAAUAUAGUGUCGCCUAUUUCAUAUGAAAGUACAACGGGAAGCACACCCGCACCACCGCAAACCGAUUCAGAAUUUCCACAAUAUGAUCAUGAUGAACCCAUGAAAGGAUUUGGUGAAACCACCGAUUCAGAGAGUGCAACUGAAGAACCAUCUAAGUCUGAAUUUACAAGAAUUAAUAAGUCAUCACAUAUUAAAGGCAAAGAUUUACAAAACAAACGUAGAUAUAAGAUCAAUCAGAAGAACCAUUAUGAGGUCUCUUCUGAUGAUGCAGGUUCACGUCAACGUAAAUCUGGAACAAGACGGCCGAAAACCACAUUGACAAAAAGAAAACUAUCAUUGACAUCUGAUCGUACUCUCAAAGACAACAAGAGACAAUUUCGAUCAAGAACUACGUCUAAUAAUAGUAGUCGUAACACUUCACCAAGUCUGGGGUCUACAAAUGCAAAUGUCGUUGAUGAGAUGACCAUUGAUGAACCAGAACGGUCAGGGGAGCAGCAGCUUUAUUGUGUCUGCCGGUCAUCUGAUGGCCAAUCAUUUAUGAUUGAAUGUGACAAUUGUGAUGAAUGGUUUCAUGGUGCCUGUGUAAAAAUAUCAUCCGAAGAAUCAUUAAUGGUGGAUAAAUUUUAUUGUCCAAAUUGUACAGCUAAGGGAUUCAAAACAUCAUGGAAAGCAGAAAAAUGUAAAUACCCACCCUGCAAAAAACCAGCUAGAUUUGAAAAAUUGAAAUUCUGUUCAGUCAAAUGCGGAAUGGAUUUCAAUCGUAUUCUUCUCGAAAAGGAAGAAAGGGCAGCUAAAAUGAAAUUGCUUUUAAGCAAGAAAAAUAAGGACAAUAAAAAAGGACUGAUAAAACGAAAUGUUACGAAUCGCACAGGGCAAUUGGAAGAUGUCGAAAGAUUGAAAAGGAUAGCGAAGAAAGAAGCUAAAAUCAAAAAAGAGUUGGAAGAAAUCGAGACUCUUAAUAAUGUUGCUGGACGGGGCAUAGAGAGGGUUCAAAGUGAGAGUGAUCAAGUUGAUAGUGAUGGAUCAGCCCAAGAUGCUCCAUGCGAAUUUGAGAAACAAUCUGAGAGCGAUGGACCUACACAUAAUGCACCAAUCUGUGGAUACAGUCCUCGUUUUGAUUGGGCUAUUGAUAAAGACGAUGUGAAAUAUGUUGAGGAAGAAAUUUGUACAAUUCAGAAGGCGCGUUGUAAAAAGCACCGUAAUUGGCAAAGUCGUAAGAACAUGCAGAUAGAAUUGGCGAAAGCCCAUAAGAACAAGCGCCUUUUAGAACUUGCUGGAGAAAAGAGAUUGAUAAAGGCACAAAUGAGGAAACGAAACGAUAUGGAAGAAGCAAUAAUAA